CACUGACACACACGCGCGCGCAUAUACGCGACACGCACGCACGUACGUACACACACCCACUCACACGCGUGGCCACUAUACUUCGCAGUUUGCUCUGCUCUACUCGAUUACUUUCUACCUUCCAUCUCCAACGGCGAUCGCCCGCUCGCGCGCAGUUCCCGACACUCAAAAGAGUUUCCGAAGGACGGACCUUCCUCUCUCCCGCGCACGGCGAACCAAUUUCCCGUACGGUGCACGGUACACACAACGCACAGAGCAAGAUUCGACGACGAGAGCGGCCCGGAACAUGAAAACACCUAUGGAGAAUCAGCUGUCCUGGCUCGCGCUGUUCAUGACCGCCUUGUAUUCUCUGCUCGCUAGCUGCCGAGGUGAAAAGUGCGGACACGAGGAGCUGCAAACGUGUGCCAGGCCCCUCGAGAGAAUCAGCAACAGCGACCUGAGUUUCGUCACGAAAAAGGAGGAUAUCGAGAAACUAUGCCCGGAUCUCGAGGCAGGUAUGAAAUGCAUCAAACAGUACACUUUAAAUUGCAUGCAGCAGAAGCAACGGGAGCACUUCAACUCUCUCUACACCGGUACCAACAUGGCCAUCAUGGAGCUUUGCCAAGACGGCCCGUACCAGGACGAAUUCUUGAAGCACGCGCCAUGCAUGCAAAGAUCCAAGGCCGAAUACGAAAUGUGUUACAAAUCAUAUCAGAAAACGACUCAAGAGAUAAUGGCCAACCGUUCGUUGGGACAGCAAAGCCUCAAGUCCCUUUGCUGCGCCUUCCAGGAGUACUUGGAAUGCUCUCAUCAUACGGUGCGCCGUCAGUGUGGCGAUGAUACAGCGCGAUUCACGAAGGACUUCCUCGACAGAAUGUCAAGCUCGCUGCUAAAGACGCAUUGCGCGUCCUACAAGGAUUGCAACGAACACAGUGGUACCUCGACGCUGAAUCUGUCUGCCAUUAUGCCAAUGACGCUUAUUCUCCUUAUGAGGUACUUCACGUAAUUGGUCUCGGCCAAGAUCAUUUUUUAUCUUCUAAAGAUAGAAAAAUAGGGAAAUGAGAGAGAGGGUGGGAUAUACACAGAGAAUGGGAAUUCGAGGAGGAAGAAUGGGGAGAUGAGAGAAGGGGAGGGCGCUCCUAGAACAGGAGGUAGCCUAUUCGGCUUUUAUCGUGCUUUGCUUCAGAGAGAAUAUGUUCCUUAUUUUUGAAGAGUUUUUGCGGAGGGGCCGAAGGAGUGGCCGAAGUGAUCAAAGAAGAGGAAAGGAGAGCGAAAUCAGGGCAAAAGGGGAGAUAGGGGAGGGCGAGAGAAGAGGAGAGGUACGGCGUUUCAUUCUCCAAAGAGAAUAUAAUAUUUUUCAUUUGCAAGAUGAUGUGAGAAAUUGCAAUAAUCACGAUUACGGAAGCGAGCAACAAUGAGAGAUCGAUAUUAAGAGCCGAAGGGACGAUGAAUGGUGGUGGGAGGGGGGAAAGGGUGAGGAUACUUCAGAAAUACACGUUAUGAAAGAGCGGAUGGAAGAGGAAGAGCGGGAUCGCAGAAGAGGAUUUUCAGGACGGCUUUCUCCCACGCACGUUACGGAGAGAUAUCGCGAAUCGAACGCGAUAAAGCCGAUCACGACAUGAUAAACCGGAGAGUCUUUUCAGUCGAUCGUUGAAUGCGAUCCGCUAGUCCGUACGAUACCGCCACGCAAGACUGACUCGAUUUUUUUGCGCGGUUUUGUCGCGAGAUGAGAAAUGAAGAAAAAAAAAUACUCCUUAUUAACCGGCGAGAUCCUUCGGAACGGUCGCGCGCGUGCUGUUCUGAACGCGAGUAUACGCGAGGUAGUAUCCGAUCCUCGAGAAACACGUGGGCGUUUGGAUGAAGUCGGAGAAAAAGUCGGCAAAGGUAAGACAUUCAUGAUGUCGAGUGAGAAGGGGGCAAACGUGUCUUCUUCCCGGCACGUUUUCGCCUCGAUUUCGAAAAAGGGCACUCGUGCGGAACGAACGAACUAUCGUCGCCGUGAAAUCAAUUUCAUCGAAUAAUCGCGAUCUAUUGGUUCGCGAGAAUGGCGUUAGAGAGAAUGGAAGCUCGGCGUGAAGAGUCGAGUCGUUUGAGAGCAAAGAAUUUCUGCUCGAUCAGAGAAUGGCGGGAUAAAAUCACGCCGUGCGUUCCUUCGCGCGCGCGCGUACGAGAGAGAGAGAGAGAGAAGGGAUCACCGCGUCGUCGAUUCGACAAGCACAUGUCACUUCGCCGAAAGUUAAAGAGACAUUUGAAAUUGACGCGCGUUGAUCGCGACUCGUUCAAAAUGGAAGUUUUCGAGAGGGAGAGAGAAAGAGGAUCGGUGUAUAACUAACUCGUCCUCGAAAUAACGGCGAGCCGAUAGGUAACGAAGCUUCGAGCUAGGUAUGUCAAACUAAUUUUCCCUCCACGCGGAUUAUACGAACACUUGUCGCGCUAUAUCGGAGGCCACGUACUUUCAAUAUUUGCGAAAUGAGCGAGAUCCGAAAGUUUAAAGAGCACUUUUUAAUUUCGUCGUCAUAAUGUGGCUUUAAAAAUAAUAAAAAAAGUGAUUUUAAAAUUCAUUCUCAUCAGAAUGCAUAGAAUCACGGAAAAUUUUAUGCAAUUGAAAAUAACUGAAAUAAAAUCGCGGCAGUAGAAAAAAAAUUCGCUCUUCGAUACAAAAAUCUCGUUUAACAACCGUAAAUGGUACUCGUAAAUAGUACGCGCGAACGAAAUAUUUACGAAAUGCUGUUUAUACGAAUGAAACAAAUGGAAUUCGCGGGGCUUGUGUAAGAGGCCACGUUGCGGGCCAUUUGCGGUACAUUUAACAUGUUCCGUUCGGGGUGUGCCGGUUUUGUACAAAUUCAACGUGUCAGACGAAAUCCUAGCUAGAGCCGGAUACGAAUGAGUCUAUAUUUUUCUGAGAUCUGAUGUAGUGUUGUACGUGUUACCUAUAAAAGACACACGCGCACGAUCGCGAUUGUACUCGCUGCACAAAUGAUAGUAUUAGCACUUGCAUUGUCGUGUCUUAAUUAUUAAGUAGAUGGAAAGAGUGACUGUAAAAAAAGGCGUUGAGAAAGUGUGUGUGUGUGUGAGUAUAUAUGUGCAUGCGUGUGUGUGAGAGAAACCAUAUUUUCACGUCGAAUCGAUUUUCGGUGUUUGUCGCCAGGCAUACUGUACCGUCAUUGAAUUUGUAUGUUGUAUUCUCUGUUUAGAUAAAUUUUAUUGAAAUAUAAAGUUUAUUUAUAUGUUGGAGAUAUUUUGAGGGGAGGCAUACUGUUUCAAAUGUUAAAAUAUUUCUAGAAUUAACCGAAAUGGCCGGCGAAAUGUAAAGCGCAUGUAUGAUUUUUACCCGAAAAGAUUCGUUUUUGCAACGGUAAGCGUCGACCGACUGAAAACUUUUACGGCAUGUUUGUUACAUUAUGGUCCAUGUCGUAAAUAAUUAAAUGUAACCAAUCGUCUGGUUUAUGAGUUAUUAUAAAAUCCAUAUGAGAAAGUCACGGCAUUUAAUCAAACGUGUCCCAUUCAUGCAAUUAUCGAUAUUUCUCUAUUAUCCUGCGCGCCGUGCCAUUCGGAAUAUAAUGCAGAUUAAUAAUCUAGAAAUUAAAUUCCCUUCAACAGGGGGUACGUUUAUCGAUAGCCUCGCCCGUACAUGUGUGUAUAAUGUGCGUACUCGAUGUCGACAUCAUUUGUAAUUUAUCAUUUCCUAGAGAAUUCUGCGCUUUUAACGGCACAAUGUUAAAACAAACAGCAAAUUUUCCGUGAGAGAGAGAGAGUGAGAGAGAGAGAGAGAGAAAGAGAGAGAGAAUAGGUCUUUUUUUUAAUGUUUUCCGAGAGUCGUGUAGCCUCCGGUUUUAUCGGAGGGAGAUGACCGUGGUGUGUAUGCAUGAACAGAGAUAUUUAUUUGUAAUAUAAUAGGCUAAUUAAGGAAACAUUGUAAAUAUCAUCGAGCUGUCGAGCUUAAGAGAAAUGUAAGAUAACUUAAAUACAUUCACAAUAAAAUCCAUUAUAUUUUUAUUUAAGAAAAAA